AUGUCGUUCGUGGAGAGCGGGCGGCGCUCCGCUGCUGUUCGCGGUCGUUUCGACACCUCUGUCACGUUUUCCCGGCCGGCGUUUUCCGCCUUCACGCAGGGCCAUAGUUGGGGUGAGGGUGAAGUGGUUGAGGAGGACGGAUGCGACCAAGUGGCCCGUGACCUGCGGGCGGAGUUCUCGGCCGGGGCGUCGUCGGAGCCCAGAAAGGGCGCGCUACUCCCGCGGGACGGGGACGGGUCUCCAGUUCUACUCGAUAAGCGCAAUGGCAUUUUCUCUGCGGUUGCGAGCGGCCGAGCCCAGGCUCGGCGGUGGCCGGUCCAGGUCCUCUCAAUUCUUUGUUCGCUGCUGUUUGCCAUCCUCCUCGCCAUCGCCUACCUGAUCGUAAAAGGGUUACAUGCUGAGAAUUUAAAGACUGAAGAGGACAUAGACACCGGGCUACUAGGAUUCUGGACUCUACUUAUAAUAUCUCUGUCUGCUGGAUUCUCCUGCUGUAGCUUUUCUUGGACAGUGACUUAUUUUGACUCUUUUGAACCAGGAAUGUUUCCUCCUACUCCUCUUUCACCUGCCAAGUUCAAGAAACUGACUGGACAUUCUUUCCACCUGGGCUAUAGCAUGGCAAUUUUGAAUGGCACUGUUGCUGCUCUUACUGUAAACCCACAGCGAAGCGAUAUUUUUGCAAAACUUAUUCAUGAUUGUUUUACCCUGAUGGCUAGCGUUCGUCGCCGGAAACUUCCUCCUCCGUCAGGCCAGCAGAUUACAACGCAGAAUGCCAAUGUAUUGGUUUAUAAAGAUGAGAAAAUAGACAACUUUCUGGCGACCAGCAUACGUGUGCUCCGGUCCAAGAAACGUCCUGUCCCAGAAGCAGGCUUAGAAGACAGAAUUGAACGCAUUCCUCAACAAGCACCAGUGAGAGAUGAAGAUGAUGAAUACAUUGAAAUCUGCAUUUGA